CACGUGUGUCGUACGAUGUGGGCUGCCAGUGUUUGUUUCUUGUUUGUGUCGCUGUUCCCACUUUGCCCGGGCCAGCUGGUCAAAACCGCGGAGAAUUAUGGUCCGUUCACGGUGAAAUGGAAUGACUACAGCGCGUGUCGCGGCCCCAAGGCCGUGAACCUUUCAGAGUACGUCACCCAUCUGAUCGUGGACAACGCCACCAACAUCUACAAGGGGAUCCUUAACUUCACAUUCAGCAAUUCAGCAAAAAUGGAUGAAGUGAAGAUGGUGGUGUACAGUCUGAAGGGUGAGCGCAGGAGCUUGCUGUGGAGUUACCGGGUGGACAAGCCCUGCCAGCACUACGCCAUCGCGGACAUCCUCGAGAAGCAGUUCGGGGUGCAUAACUGUCUGUUUCUGAAGGGCCACCACGACUGGACCAUCAACUUCACGGAGUGCGUGCACAAGUACCUCGGCGAUUCGUUCUUCUACGGCGAGUUUGUCUUCAAGCUGUACGUUUUGUCAAAAAAAGGAAAUAUCGCUUGUCUCGUCUUCACGCCAAUGUUUUCUAAGAAAUCUUGAUUUGGAAAUUUAUUUCCAUUCGAAAUCAUAUGAGAUGUGAUUUAUUUUGAGAACAAAUACACAUGAUUGGCAAUGAAUUACAUUUUAUAAUAAAAAUGUAUAAAAAAAAUCGAUAACAACAA